AUGAGCUAUCUGAGUUCAAAGGUGGAACUAACAUUCGGGCCUCAAUAUGAUCAGAUAAGUAAGGAUGACGACUCUACAACGUCGUCGAGUGGCUCUGAAGCAUCCUCAGACUCAAGUAAUGAGUCACUGUCGUCACAAAAAUCGGCCAGUGAGUACGAUGAUGAAGAAGAGGAGAAAGAAAGCCCCGGUGAAAACUUGAAGGAUUCGUUCUAUACCCAUAAGUGGGAACAAUUUUGCCCGCGUGUAGGAGUCAAUUGUUGUCCCUUGAAUGGCAGCGCCCAAACUCUUGUAAUUGCGCUGAAGCAAGGGCAAGAUAUCAUGAUCAGUGGAAGCUUUCAAAUAAGGAUCGUCAAAGGUGGCAUUACGUACAACGAAGUUCAUUAUAAUGCGUCUCGAGAACUUAUAUCAAUAUGGCACCCUACCUGCUCUUCAAUGUCGCCCAUUUCAAGCUCAUUCUACGCUGGGUGGGAUGAGCGCAAUUUUCUCAAUAACGACAUUACAAAAACCGGAAUAAAGCAUCAAGAGUUCGAGUGUAUUUUACUGGUCUCAAGCCGAUGCUCGGGAUUGUCAAACAUCUCACGACUUAACCAUGUCUUCAAGAGUCUUUGGGUUCCCCAGGAUUACCUGUUUCAAGGUGCCAGUUCCGCAAAUUCCAGUUUUGCGAUCCUCAGUCGAGAGACCAUGAAGGACACUACAAAUAUUUUGACUCUGAAUAUAUCGAAAGCGUGGUCCUCAAAGCUUUCAGAGCUUUCACUUUUCCACAAAAACAACCUCCAUGACAUGAGAGUCAUGGUUUUAGGUGGCAAGAACUCGGGCAAAUCAACAUUUUUGAGGCUUCUGUUGCAGAAGUUUCUCCAUACAGACACUGAAGAAGAUGAGGCUAUUUUUUACCUGGACAUAGAUCCAGGGCAAACUGAGUUUUCUAGGCCCGACUCCAUAUCGCUUACAAAAAUCCAGAAGGACGUUGAACUAGGAAAUCCGCUUGGGCAGUCUAAUGACACGCCGCUUACCGAACGAUACAUAGGAACUAGCUCCCCUGGUACUUUUCCCUCACAGUACCUCCAGGAGGUCAAUAAUCUCAUGAGCUCUUUCACAGAUGAACAACACAUGGGCACUACACUUCUCAAUGUACCUGGGUGGAUAAAAGGCUUUGGAAUACAAAUAUUGAAUACUGUCAUCCGUGGGUUCAAGCCCACUCACAUUGUAAUUAUAGAUUCUGACUCAAGGAAGCAGGUGUUCUUAAAUGAAUUUCAGAUUGGGCCUACAUUUAUUACACCACAGCGUGAGAGUUAUGAGCCAGAAAUUAGCAGAAUAGACGGUUACCAUGGGUCUUCAGCUUCGCUAAUACAAAGUCGAUUUCAUGCUUCGCAUUUGAGGCAGUUUCGCCUUUUAUCACACUUUCAUAAGACCCACAGCUCAAAAUUACAAAUUGAAUACAAUUUCACACCUAUGGUAAACUAUGCUCCAUUACGGGUCUCUUUCGGUGUGGGCAAAUCAAUCAAAGCUUUCAUGAUUGAGCAAAACGUCGAGGGUUGGUCAGAUAAGGAUAUUAAAGACGCGCUGGAGGGAACAAUUGUUGGCAUUUACACCACCAAUGAAGAUUUCAUUGUCGAGCAGCCAAAUCGAAUACCAAUAGUAAGAAAAGCCGAGAAAAGUGCUUUCACAAGCCUGGGGCUUAUCCACUCCAUUAACGUGCGAGAUUCAUUCAUCAAUAUUUAUCUCCCACUGCAUGUGAAAAACAUUCAGGAGGCCGGAAAAUCUUACUGGUUUCUCAGAAGGUGCAAAACCGAAACUCCCCUUUGUGAACUAUAUCCUAUAGACGGUUCCUUGGCUAAGGAUAGCGACAUAGACUUACCAUUCAUCUCCUUUAAAAGACCGAAGAAGUAUGAAUUCAUUUGGAAGGUACGCAGAAAUAUUCUUAGAAGAGGCCAUUCACCCAAAUGA